AUGUCGAAGCCCCAAUCCAAGACUGAGCCUAAGGAAGAAUUCAAAGAAGAUGAAUUCGAAGUUGAGAAAAUCCUCAACCAGCGCACUUAUCAGGGCCAACUGCAAUACCUCAUCAGAUGGCGCGGUUAUGAUGCUGAGGAUGACACUUGGGAACCAGUAGAGAACCUCGAUUGCCCUGGGAUCAUCAAAGCUUGGGAAGAUUCCAAAAAGUCUGAAGAAGCGAUGCUGGCCAAAGCGCGCAAGGAAAGGGAGAGCGAUCCAAAGUGGCAGAACCGAAAGAAACGAGGUGCAGAGGGCAAACUGACGGACAUGGUCGACUUGACCAAGAAGAAGGGCUUCGAAAGGGGGCUAGUCCCAGAAAGAAUUAUCGGCGCGGCCACGAUCAACGAAAAGGGUGAAAAUGGAAAGAAGGCUAGUACUGAUGCAGAGCUUGUCUUCUUGAUUAAAUGGGAGAAUAGCGAGACUGCAGAUAUCGUUAGUGCAAAAGAAGCGAAGGCAAAAUGUCCUCACUUGGUCUUCCAGUUCUACGAGGAGCGAAUUCUCUGGGAGAACCGGAAAAACAAAGUUGUGCUCGAGGAAGAAAAACAAGAAGCUGGCACAUCUUACUGA